GGCGGGACCGUGGCGGAGGCUGGAGCUGGGCGUCGGGAUGCAGCGCCCCGGGCCCUUCAGCACCCUCUACGGGCGGGUCUUGGCCCCGCUGCCCGGGCGGGCCGGGGGCGCGGCCUCAGGCGGAGGCGGGAACAGCUGGGGUGUCCUGGGUUCCCACGUGCAGCCUCCCGGACGCGCGCAGUCCGGGACCCGCGCCGGCGUCGGCAGUACAGGUACCCACGGCGGGGACGCCAACAGCGCCUGCCCGGCCCCCUCCACGAUGUCCAAGGCCGAGGAGGCCAAGAAGCUAGCGGGCCGCGCGGCCGUUGAGAACCACGUGAGGAAUAACCAAGUGCUAGGGAUUGGAAGCGGCUCUACAAUCGUUCAUGCUGUGCAGCGAAUAGCUGAAAGAGUGAAACAAGAGAAUCUGAACCUCGUCUGCAUUCCCACCUCCUUCCAGGCCCGUCAGCUCAUCUUGCAGUAUGGCUUAACUCUCAGUGACCUGGACCGACACCCAGAGAUUGACCUCGCAAUUGAUGGUGCUGAUGAAGUAGAUGCUGAUCUCAAUCUCAUCAAGGGCGGUGGAGGCUGCCUGACCCAGGAGAAAAUUGUGGCUGGCUAUGCCAGUCGCUUCAUCGUGAUUGCCGACUUCAGAAAAGAUUCAAAGAACCUUGGGGAUCAGUGGCACAAGGGAAUCCCCAUUGAGGUCAUCCCAAUGGCUUAUGUCCCAGUGAGCCGUGCUGUGACCCAGAAGUUUGGGGGCGUGAUUGAACUUCGGAUGGCCAUCAACAAGGCAGGUCCUGUGGUGACGGAUAAUGGAAAUUUUAUCCUAGAUUGGAAGUUUGAUCGGGUGCACAAAUGGAGUGAAGUGAACACAGCUAUCAAAAUGAUCCCAGGCGUGGUGGACACAGGCCUCUUCAUUAACAUGGCUGAGAGAGUCUACUUCGGGAUGCAGGAUGGCUCAGUGAACAUGAGGGAGAAGCCUUUCUGUUGACCGUGCAGGAGCGAAGUGUGUUCCCCUUGAGUCCCCAACGCACAGCUGAGGAGGACAUGCCUCUCCAGGAGCCUUUGCCUUAAUGUCUCUGUGCCAGAUAGACCGCUGGCAGGGUGGGGGGCGGGGGGGGUGAAAUCCAGUCUUCUGAAGUAUUGUUAUUUAAUGUCUUUUUAAAAAGAGAAAUAUAAACAUAUAUAUUUUUACUAUUAAAAAUACUCAGUUUUUUUUAAU